UGCAUGUAGGUGGUACUGUACAAAAAGGCAACGGCCGAGCAAAAGAGAGUGAGGCUGUGACAGCUUAGACGGGCAAGGAAAAUGACUGAGGUGGGAACAAGGAACAAGAUUGACAGAUGCAGAUUCAACAGGGGAGGCGUACCAGGAUGCUGUUGAAUAUAUGACUUUCCGGACCUCCUCACAAAGGGAGCACGACGCUCAAAAGAUACCGUAUCAGCGAUGCUGGUGCCGCCGAGCGGAGGAAGACGAUGGAGAUUCGACGGUGGAAGCCGUUCAGGAUGUUUGGCGCGGACAGUCGGUCCGUCGGCGGCAAGGUGCGUUACCUUUCGGACUGGCUCAAAGCCUCGAAAGAUGUUGGCGAAGAUCGAGGAUGUCCUGAGGGAUAAUUUGCGAUGGUGGUGGACUGAUGUCGUCGUUCGCGAGAGCCUCAAGCACCACCAUGCGAACGCGCAAACCGAACAGCGGCGAGAUUGGAAAGGCUGUCGGUCGGUGAUUGAGCGCGCGGCAGUGACGAUCCACUGCAGUAGGGCACAGAGGACUCCGUGCGCUUCGGCCGAUUUUUAUCUUGCAGGCACGUGCUUUACAUUAGUCGAGGAUCAAAAACGGCUGCUGGUGUUGGUGGUGAUGGGCGCCUGGUUAUUAGUCCAAGUCUUGUUCACUUUCACAGUCUCAAUGUCAGCAUGUCCUUGAUUCGCAUGGUGCAUGCACUGUGUAUCACAGCAAAUAAGCCCGCUCCUAUGACAAAACG